CUAGCUUUAGCAAUCAGUUCUAAAGUUGACAUUUUGAAUCCACCUCAGUCGUUUAGUUGAAAUUGGGAAUCGAAUCAACAGAUUCUUUUCUUUGAAAACUUCUUUGAAAAAUGAUUCAUUCACACAUGGUUUCCUAAGUUAAAAGUGCAAUCCUGUAUUACUGUAUGAUUCAUAUUUUCUGUAAUUUUGGCUGCACGACCUUAAAAAUACCAUUAUGGUUUAAGACAAGGAUGUAUAUAUAUCAUGAUUAUGUAGAGGUAAUGUAUAUAGGCUACCCUUAAUAAUGCUCAUGUACAGUGAGUACAUGUCAUGUCAGUGUAAUGUUAGAGUAAACGCAUUAUGUCACAGUUUAUUUCCGUCACGGUCUCACCGCUUGUAUUAAUAACAAGCCAUUUAGGAAGACCAGAACCAUAGCCCACUUACAUAGCAUGACGUUUUUAUCUAAAACAUGUCCCAUUGACCCAGAAACCAAUGAUCCACACCCGUCUCUAGGGAUGGUAUUUUAAAUCCAGAUUUGUCCCUGGAGAUCAGCCCUCGUGCUUUUACCUUGCCAGACUAGCCGAACGACGCUCCAUUGGAGUGUUUUGCGGAGCCAUGUGUCUUCCUAUGUGGAAGGAGGAGGUGAUAAUAACAGAGGAGAGUAAAACUGGGGCGAGACUGUGGUGACUCAGCCCCCUAGUUGUUGUGUUGGAGGUUUGGGGAGUCUGGCGCACAGAGUUCCAGCCUAAUUAAGUUGAUUUGUUCCCAGCAUCUGGCUCCCAGAUGUCAGACGAUAUUCUUUAGCUCAGCUCCCUGCUGUUGAGAGGAGAGGAGUGGGACGGCAGGGACCGCAGACUGCUGACUUUUCACGAGGCCCACCAGGGGUGGGACUGCAGCACGCUGUGGGUGACUGAUGGAUGCGGUGGCCAAUCGCGGUGUGUUUGUCGCAACUGUCCUGGGAAUCUGAUUGGCUAGUUGGAGCAAGAGGUUUAUAGUCACAGUAUGCCUGCAGAAAGAACUGGAUACCACCGCCACAGCCCUGGCCAACAGACAGGAUGAAAGCGAGCAGUCCAGGAAAAAACUCAUCGACCAAAGCCGCGAGUUCAAAAAGAAUACUCCAGAGGAUUUGCGUAAACAGAUAGCUCCUUUGCUGAAGGGCUUCCAAGCUGAGAUUGACGCCUUGAGUAAAAGAAGUAAAGAAUCAGAGGCUGCUUUCCUCAGCGUGUACAAGAGAUUAAUCGAUGUCCCAGAUCCUGUCUCAGCUCUGGAGGCAGCUCAGCAACUCCAGGUGACUGCUCGGAAGAUGCACGACUUGGAGACAGAAAACCAGAGGCUCAAAGAUACACUACAAGAGUAUGAACGUGAAAUUGCAGAGGUUAAAAACCAAGAAGUCACUAUUAAAGCACUUAAAGAGAAGUUGGAGCAGUAUGAGCGUUCUCUGCAGGCCAAGAACACAGAGGAAGCUCCCGAUCAGAACCAGGACCCAUCAGGAAGAGAAGAGGGGGAAAGCAAAGGGGAAAACCUUCCUAACAACUAUGCAGACAAGGAGAGUCGGCCACAGCAGAGCCAGGACAGCAGGACAGAAGACUUGGACAUGAAAACGCAGUCCUUACAAACAGCACUUGAAGCAACUCAGGCAGAACUCCAUGAACUGAAGACGAAAUACGAUGAAGAAUCCACAGCAAAGGCCAAUGAGAUUGAAGCGGUGACGACAGAUUUGGAAAGAGCCAAUCAGAGGGCCGAGGUGGCAGAGAGGGAGGCAGUGAGCCUCAGGGAGCAGCUCACUUCAGCUGACAAAACCCUGCAACCAUCCAAUCAGAUCCAGAAAGCACCGGAAGCGGACAAGUCUCUGGAGGCGCUAUCUUGCAGCAGUUUGGAGGCAGAGCUGGGUGCGAAGGAAAGGGAGGUAGAUCGUUUGGCCGAGGACGUUCAAAGACUUCAAGCCAGUCUGGCCCAGCUCAGCGAGACCUCGACCAAUCAGAUCAGCCAGCUCGAGCAGCAGCUGAGCUCCAAAGAGGCCCUAUUAAAGCAACUUGAAGAAAAGCUUCAAGAGCAGUCAGACUACGAGGAGAUCAAACGAGAACUCUGCAACCUGAAAUCAAUGGAGCACAACUCAUCAGAUCAUCACUCUUCAGUACAGGACUCAUCCAAGCCGUUGGAGAUGUUGCUGAUGGGGAAAGUCCAUAGCCAGCUGUCAGAGAGCGCUUUGAAACGAUUUGCCAACAAUGACUUCAGUGGAUCAGUGGGGCGGAAGAGUAAAGAAACCACAGUGGAAAACCUUCAGCGUCUUCCUGCCACUCCAGUCCCUACCACACUCCAGGGGUCCCCUCCUCCCCCCUCCCCUCAGCUUUUGAUGAGGACGGGCACCGCUACCUCCGAAUCUGCUGCCAGUGCCAACGGUACCCACCCUUUCUCCCCCACGGGCAUCGGGCCAGACUUCUUUACCCCCGGCAUGGCCAGCGUGGGCGCCACGUUCCCCCCGUUGGCUGGCAAAAUGGCACUCAACUCGCUUCUUCAGAGGCAGCUCAUGCAAACCAUCUACACCAAAGCCCUCCAGGACCCUUCUCCAAGUUCUGUGCUCUUCGGGCCGCCCCAUUACGCUACAACCAACUCUCUGUCCAGCCCCCUACCCCCUCAGUCAGCAGGCAGCCCGGAGGUUAACGGCCUGGCGCCCUCUCCCAGCCAGUCUGAGGGCGCGGGCAGCACGUCGGAAGGGGAGGAAAUGGACACGGCUGAGAUUGCGCGACAGGUCAAGGAGCAGCUGAUCAAACACAACAUCGGCCAGCGUGUGUUCGGCCAUUAUGUGUUGGGUCUGUCCCAAGGCUCGGUCAGUGAGAUUCUGGCCAGGCCCAAACCCUGGAGCAAGUUAACUAUCCGUGGCAAAGAGCCCUUUCACAAGAUGAAGCACUUCCUGUCUGAUGAGCAGAACAUCCUGGCACUGAGGAGCAUCCAGGGCAGGCAGAGAGAGAACCCAGGCCAGAACCUGAACAGAGUGUUUCAGGAUGUUCCGAAGCGAAGAACCGGCUCGGAAGGCUCCACGCGGCCAGGUAACAUCACCACACGGAUCCGCACACCUGAGACCGGCUCCGAUGAAGCCAUCAAGUCCAUCUUGGAGCAGGCCAAGAGAGAGUUACAAGUGCAGAAAGCAGACGGUGUGGGGGAGAGGCAAUGGCGAUCAGGUUACCACAGAGGGUCGGGCAGCUAUUUCCAAAUAUAUGCACACAGUCUAAGACUUGUUGAGAGUUCUCAGCCUCCGUCCUCCUCCAGCAACUCCGACGAGAAUAUUCGUUCCAUCCUUGAGCAGGCUCGGAGGGAGAUGGAGGCCCAGCAGGUGGCUCUGGAGCCCGUACUGAAGGCCAGCUCUAUGGCCCCGACCGAUCUCUCGCUCCUGGGCUCCCCGCUCUCCACCCUCCCCUACACCCCUAUUGCUCAGUCUCUGAAGAAGACCUCCACCUCUCCUCUCUUGGACUUCCACAGUGGGGUGAAGAAGGAGAUAGGUGAGGUGGCCGUCUCAGAUGUGGGGGUGGAUGGAGUGCACAAGCUCGGACGUCUCUCUGAGAGUGGAGGAGGUUUAGGUGGGGGUUCUUGGAGGGAGCACUGGUGGAGCACAGGUCUCUCUGAGCGUCGCGGAACUGGGCAGCCCUCCGUUAGCGAAGACGCCCACAGCCAAGAGGAUAGCAAGGAGAAGCUCCCUCGGCUGGGCAGCACUGCGCCCGUGGCUCCUGCUUCCUCUCUGGAUUACUGGAAAGACUGGCCCAGCUCAGAGUCCCCGUACUCCCAGAGCUCAGAGCUGAGUCUGCAGAUGCCCAGUGGCAGCGAGACGCCUCAGAGCAGCCCACUGCCUUCCUCCUCGCCUUUACUGUCCCUCUCCAAAGUCGCCAAACCGGUGGUGCCCCCGCUCACCCCUGAGCAGUACGAGUACUACAUGUACCAGGAAGUGGACACUGUCGAUCUCACACAGCAGGUCAAAGACAAACUAGCCAAGAAUGGCAUCUGCCAGCGGAUCUUUGGCGAGAAGGUGCUGGGCCUCUCUCAGGGGAGCGUGAGCGACAUGCUCUCUCGGCCAAAGCACUGGAGCAAGCUCACGCAGAAAGGAAGAGAGCCGUUUAUACGCAUGCAGUUAUGGCUGAACGGAGAGCUGGGCCAGGCACUGCUGCCAAUGCCUGGACAAACACAAGAGAUUACUCCGAAGACCUCGGCCAGCUGCAGUCCUGCCCCAGAAUCCCCUCUGAGUUCAGCCGAGGAGUCUGUCAAAAGCCAGCAGGAGGAGCAGAUGUGCCGAGCGUCCAUCCAGGAGCCCAGCGAAACUUCCGAGUCCCAGCCCGGCACACCUCUACCAUUACCUCUGCCGGGACACUCGGGGCUCAGCAUACAAGAGAUGGUAGCGAUGUCGCCCGAGCUGGACACCUACGCCAUCACUAAGAAAGUGAAAGAAGUUCUAACAGAUAACAACCUCGGUCAGCGUCUGUUUGGCGAGAGCAUCCUGGGUUUGACGCAGGGCUCCGUGUCUGAUCUGCUGGCCCGGCCCAAGCCCUGGCACAAGCUCAGUCUGAAGGGUCGAGAGCCGUUCGUACGCAUGCAGCUGUGGCUGAACGACCCGCGGAACGUGGAGAAGCUCAUGGACAUGAAGCGGAUGGAAAAGAAAGCCUACAUGAAGAGGCGCCACAGCUCCAUCGGUGAGAGUCAUUCGCUGGAGACUACUCUGUCAGGAAGUGACCUCACUCAGGGCGCCAGCCCUCAAAACCUCUCCCAGCAGCAACAACAGCAGCAUCAGCAGCCCCAGCUGAAGAAACCCCGUGUGGUGCUGGCUCCAGAAGAGAAGGAAGCUCUGAAGAGAGCCUACCAGCAGAAGCCUUACCCCUCCCCUAAAACCAUCGAGGAGUUAGCGAGCCAGCUCAACCUUAAAACCAGCACGGUCAUCAACUGGUUCCACAACUACAGAUCCCGUAUCCGGCGAGAGCUCUUUAUCGAAGAGAUCCAGGCAGCAGCCGGCGAAGGCGGGUCCCCCUCAGCACGGCCCGGGAAGUCUGGGGGCGAGGGAGACAACAGCUGCGAUGGCACCGAGUCUGACAGCACCGCGGAGGGCCGACCGAGCGGCUCCGAGGAGCGCAAGGGCCUCCUGGAGAGUCCCAGCCUCAGCCACAGAGACGAAGAGGGCGAGGCCGAGUUCCCCAGCGCCUCGGGCACCAGCAGGCCACGAGGAGGCAUCAUAGACAGCCUAUUCGGCAUCCCCGAGUCCAUAUCCGCCGCCGCUACUGCCGCCGCACCCCCCUGCCGAAACCCAAAGGACAGCAGUCUGCGCAAGAAGAAAGCAGCCAACCUCAACAACAUCAUCCACAGGCUGGAGAAAGCGGCGAACCGCGACGAGCCUCACGAAUGGGAGUUCUGAGGCGCUGCCAUGUUGUUGUUGUUUUAUUCUCACUUUGUCCCUCACUGAGCUAACCCGGCCAAGCCUGGUGCACACACAACACCGGUUAACCCAAGGGUUUUCGAUUCGCUGUUUAGAAGUGGGCUAUCAGAGACAAGAACAAGAAAAGGAAACAAGUUUUUAGUCUGUUUAUUUUGUGAAGCACUUAACGGCCCUGCUGGCCACAGGGCUGUGACACCAUUGGCUAAUGGUGAAGACACAAAACUGAAAAGCACAGGAGAGGGAGCGUUCCCACAAAAUAUUCUCAAGACUGGCGACAGUCUCAAAAAACAAAAACAAAUACACAUUAUGAUAUCACAGUGUCUCUAUUUCUAAUAGAGACGUUCUCACCAACAAGCUGAAUAACUGUUACAAUUAUUUAUCAGUUCUCAAGAGUCUUGGGAGUUUCCUCUUUUGUAUCACACAUGCUUCGGCCGUCAGCAGAGACUAGUUCGAACCGGUUUCAAACCAAAAGUCAAGCAUUUAAAAGCAAGUGUUGGCUGAAGGAACACGGGUGCACCGUCCCACCUGCCUCUCCCUCCCUACCCCAGAGGAGGCCAUCCAAUGGCUAUGCAACUCUAGUACACAAUGGAUUCCAGCGUAAUGGAACCCGCAUUAUUUUCACAGUUCGGAAGCUUCUCCGAUGCGAGAAGAAAAUCCUUUUUAUAGCAAUUAAGUUGCCACCGAGAGAUUGCACAGUCAGUUGACUCUAAACAGCACUCCUUUUGAUUUUACACGCCAACGGCCUAAAAGAGAAAAAAAAAAUCAUGCGAACAAAAAAUGAUCGUCGUAAAUAAGAAUCCACGAUCACGCAAAAAUGCAUACUGUUGUUGUAAGGUCGACGCAAAUGGGAGACUGGAGUAAUUUCGUAACUCGAUAGCUAAGUGUCAAUUUUUAACGUUAUUUAGGUCUCUUGUAAGGGUAGCGCUCGUUUAUUUUUUCCCAUAGCUUUAAUCGCCUCCGCGACUUGCGUUUUGAAGCCCGCGGAGGUCUUGUUUAAUAAUAAACGUCAUUUUAGGCCAAAACAAAGACAGGUAAGGUAGUGAAGAAAAAAAGGAUUUGUACAGUACUUUGAGUAAAUAUUCCUGACAAGAUAUUUUUUAAAGAGAAUGAACAAGCCUGAUUUUUAUCCUCUUAUAAUAGAACCAUACAUCAGAGACCUCUAAUCAAGUUGGGCGGUUUGGGCCCAUAGAAUUACAAUUCUAAUCCAAUAUCUAUGGUGUUAUAAAUUCUAAUUCUAUGGUGUGGCCGUGGGCCACUGCACUGUAUGGGCUGGUCCUCAGCACCAGGGUACCGGACGCUGAGUGUGGGGGAAACCCACCUAACCGAUCGCUCUCGUGCAAACUCGAAACUUCAGGUUUUUCACCAACUUCUCCAUUCACUGUUCACCCAACCGUAUACAAGCUUUUCGUGGCGUCCGCAACAUGUUCACGGCACGCAUCUGUCCUCCGAGACGACUGGAAAAACUCCUUACGAAACGGACUUGUUUUGUUUUUUCUUCAUACUGUAUAUGACUGAGGACUCGGACACAUUUUCAUCUACAUUUCUUGUUUAACACAUUUAAAAAAAAAAGAGGAAAAUAUGUAGAUUGUGAAUGAAAAGUUCUUGUAACGUUAGCAAGCUGAGGUGAAUCUCUACACUCGCGCAUCAGAGGACGCGGCAAGGACUCUGCACCUCUGUAGAAACGUUCUUUCUCUCCUGAAACACCUUUCGAAGCCUGCUCACCUUUCACCUCCUGCCCUUGUGUCAUUGUAUGCAGUUUAUUUUGUGAACGAAAGCGCAGAUCGGUGGUGCCACGCGCUCAUCAGCGUGCGAACCUUGAGUGUGAGGGUGUUUGUGUGUGUGUGAUUGUUGACAAGAGCGAUUUAUAUUUGUAUAUUACUACUACUACUCGCCACAGGCAGUGGAAGCAAACACCUCCUCACGUCCCUAAGCUAUUUAGCAGUCCUGCAGCAUAUCACAUAGUACAUUUAAGUUCUUUUUAUUUACACGCAUAAACUAAUGGUAGAUAUUUUUUUGUUUGUUGGUGUGGUUUGCUUAUUUAUAGAUGCUGUCUUUUACAUAUUGAUGUCUUAUAUUGUUAUACGUGUUCUUUUUUUUGUGUAAUGGAAGGGACUAUAAAAGGUCAGGUUACAUAUUUUUAGACUAAUAGACUGCCGGCAGUAUUGGAUUACAUUUAAAUGAUGUACUUUUGAUACAUGUCUAUUGAUUAAUUCUGAAGAUUAUCAUUUUUUGAUUAUUAUUUUUUUUUUUCAUAUAUUUUACUCUGUUAGUGAGCUGGAUGAACAGUUACUACAUUGACAAAGGAAGCAGAAUUCUAUGUAUUGCAUUAAUUAUUUUAAUUAGUACGCAUUUUAGAUGUUUUAACAAUUUUUAAAGAUGACAUUUCAAGAUGAAUUGCGUCUGGUUGUAUUCACUCUUAAAAAGGCAAACCGAUCGAUGCUCUUGAAUUGGGUUUUCAGGUAAUUAACCUGCGAACGUUCUGAGAUUACGUACGUUUAUAAAUCGCAAACAAACUUAGUUGCUAUAAUGAGCCAGUGAACAACUGGUAGUUAACGUCACUGAAAUUAGCUGUCGCUUUGAGCUGCACCUUGAGGAAUUGGACUUUGUUUUUGUUUUGUUGUUUUUUUUAGUGGGAAUGAAAUUGCGUUAAAAUUACGCCGACGAUAUCUUGAAGAACAACGUCGGCUUAAAACUACCUUUGGCCUUUUUAUGCGUGCCACUGAAUGAUUCAAAUCAAAUUUGUCUCUUUAAGACCUAACGAAAGCACAGAGAUACUUCAUGAACCAAUGUUUUUAUCGGAAUAUACGAAUAAUAUGUCGAAAGCCCGUGACUGUUUCUCGAACUUUCUCUCCACGUCUAACAUUGGAGUGCCUUCACUGAAAACUGUUCGCUACUAUAAUCGCGUCGUCUUCAUUCCAAAUAAGUGAUUGGAAGUAUCGCGUGUCAGAUCAUACCAUGUUUUAGCCAUCUUCGCCAGCAAGUUUAAUAAUAAGGUCUCAUCUAGUCUCAGGUCAUAAUAUUCUGUACUUUUAAGGUGUCUGUAUUGUUUUAUCUGAGAGAAAACAGCUGUCCCAGGAUUCGGACUUGGUUAUUUAAAAAGAAAAUGGUAAUUUUGAUCAGUUAAUUUCACUUUUUUUGGUCCCAAAUGUCGUUUUAAUCAUUUUUAUGCAUUCAUUAGAUGUUUUUGACCAUGUUAUUGUAUUUUAACAGUAGGAUUCCCCCAUGCUGGAGGAAGUUCACAUAUGGAUUUGGCGUGUGGAAACUCUUGAAAUGAUUUGUAGACUAUACUGUAGUGUGGACCAAAUUGUCAGAACCGACAAAUCAACUUGCAAAGACUCUUUUCUGAUCAUGAACAUGUGAUUUCAAUUGAACACAGACGAAGAAAAACACGUUUUGGAGCACAUUCAAAUCUGGUCUAUAUUAAGGACGCUUUUUUAAAUGUCUGUCACGUUCUCACUGACUGAAACUGUAACCGUACUGUUGAUAUCAUGGCAUGAAACACUUAGAAGAACACUUGACGAUUCUCAAUGCAGACGUCCAGCACUUUCUCUCUGCUUUUUGCAAAUAUUUUUCUAUGGAAAGUAUUGCAGAUGACUAAAUAACACAUCAACAUACGACUGCACAGACAGCACGUUUAUAUGAUUUCUUAAGAAAAAGACAAAAAAAGAAAAAAGAAAAACAAAGCAACAAAAAAAAGGAUCAUCAUUAUUGAUAUUACAUUGGUAGUCACGAGUAGCAUUAAUGUAGAUAUUCGUCCGUAGCUUAGUUCGCUAGUGAUGUCAUAAUUGUUACCUCGUUUAUUCCCUCACACAUUACGUCACUUCCUGAGACAGUAUGUUCUUUCUUCACCUGAGACAGUAUGUUCUGAACAGCCACAGUUUGUUUCAUUGUAUCCCAGAUGGAGAUUUUCUCUUUUUUUUUUCAAGUUGUGUAAUUGUGUUACAUGUGAGGCGAGCACGACGAUUAUACAUCUGUCUCAGCGAGAGCAACACUUUAACCAAGUUAUCACGAUUCAUUUCGACCAACAGCCUAUGGAAGUGGGAUGUCUUGAUCUCUAUCUCUCUCUGUUGUUGCUCUGUAUGCUGUAAUAUGGCUAAUAUGAAGCCUUGUAAUGAAAUAUGACAGGCAGCUCCCAACACAAGCUGGUAUCCUAUAGAUUCUCCUUAGGUCUCUCAAAGCUCAGGUAGAACCUCGGUUUAGCACAGUCCUUUUGUCCAUCAGUUUGUUGGUGACACUUUCCCUCUUACACCUGCUAAUGACAGUUGUAUGGUUUAUUUUUCUAUGUGUCAUGGUUUUGAACCACAAGAUGGAGCUGAAUCCUCCAUUUUACCCGAAUAAAGACUCUUCCACUUUGUUCUCUUGAUAUGUAUUUAGUUCGGUUGGUUUUUCCUUUGUGUAUCAUCAUGUAGUCUUGUAUUCUGUUCCCAGCGCUGUUACAGUUCUAAUCCAAAAUGGAAAAAGCAAUAUCACUGUUUGAAAUUCAUUAUAAUUAUUAUUAUUAUUCCUCAUUACCACCAUAGGUGUAUUAACUGAAGUAAAUAUCUUUUGUACAAACACAUUA